AAUUGCCUCCCCCAUCACCAGGACCCGGAAUCGAUUAGAUACUGAAUCCCUCGGGAGCGCUCCUUCUCUCCUAACCAUCCACUUUCUGGCCCCUCGUUCGCUCUUUCACCAGGGUGAAGAUGCGACUUGCUUCACCGGCGUGUCAACCAAUCACUAGACGUAUCGUCUAGCCUCAAUCUUUUUUUUGGCCGACACCUAUGAUAUUAGGUUGCGCUGCACGACACCCCUUCCUUUACCCACGAGCCUUUUAUUUUUAUCUAAUUGCCCCGAGGGACUUGCAGUUUACAGAAAAUAGGCGACGGCACUACUAUUCUGUUUAUCCACCCUCGAUUCCAUUGCAUGGCUACUUCAUCCAUUAGGAAGUUGGACCCGGACCAGUUCUCUGGACAGAGAGGUGCCCACUUUAUUUCUAACGAUUUCCCUUCUGAUAUCCAUCGACUCGGUGGGUCUCUGGAUGGUGUGGCGCGUUCAUCGCAUCAAGACGAUUCCACCUCUUCCGACGACUCUCAGCCUUCCGGUCGACAAAUGUCUGUGGAGUAUGAUGAAUUGGAUGGCGACGAGGAGGUGUCGGUGUCUGGGGAUGAUGUUGCCCCGAUUCACAAUGGGGGGUUUUCCUCUUGGGCCGGGUCGGGGAGGACGGGAAAUGGUGUCCGCUCCUUGCCCUAUCCUGUUUCCGAACCUUCCGGAAGAAUGUCACCGGAAGGCGUGGUUGAUCGGUCAUCACUACAAAGGCCCUCUGCCCCCAUCCGAGUACCAUCGCAUACCUAUGCUCCCGGAUUACAGCGUCACCCAAUGAAUAUGGCAAACGAGCGCUCGAGGCAUAGGUCUUCAUCGGCUAACCGGUCCCGCCGGGAUCCCAGCGCACUCUACCGGUCCCAGGAAAAAGCCUACGUACAGCGCUUACGCCAGGAUCCGAGCAGCGACUAUUUCAGCUCUGGUCCCGGUCUCCUGGGCUCUUAUCAGCAUGAGUUCGAGAUGGAGGAUGAGUCUCCUUCCGAGGUUCACUUUGGGGAUGAUAUGUAUGAUGGGGAUACGCUAUUGCUCUACGGUCACGACGAGAUGGAACCGUCGGCGGAGGAACUCAAGAUUCCCGAGAAUAGGGAGCGCCUGGAGUGGCAUGCUAUGCUUGCAUCAGUUUUGAUGGGGGAUGUGGUUAAACAAGAGAAGAAGCGGUUGAUCGGUAAUACUGAAGAGAAGGAAGAUGUAAUCAUGAGGACUGAGCUCUUCAUCGGUUUGAGGGCGAAAGUGUGUGGCCGGUCAAUCCCGGCCCAGAGGAGGAUUUUGGAGGAGGGUAGGGCAAAAGUGGAUGCGCUUAUUGGUGAUAUUAUUCGCUUUGAGAUACAGGGGAAGGACAAAACGGAAAAGAGCCCAAGAGAGCAAGUCCAGGGCAUCAUUUUGAGAUGGGAGAAAUGCGAGCAGCUAUGGCCCACCCGGGCAGCAUUGAUGGAUUCUAAGCCGGCUUGCGCUUCCCCACCCUUCACGGCAAGUUGGGACGCGCUCGUCGCCUGGAACAAUAUCACCGAACUGAUCAAUACAGAGCUCAAAAUCCUUCAAAAUUGGGUUGGGAAUGUUGACCUGGAUUUUGCCCGACAGAAUGUUAACUCCGCAAGCGAUGUUUCCAGCAUUGAUCGGGAGUCAUCGUUCCUGGAUCGGAUUUUGAAGGAGGAUAGCCUGAAGUCGUUGAUCGGGGAGAGCAACAUGCUACUUGGCUUGAGGAGUGUAAUUGGCAAGGCGAAGAAGACUCUGAUCGAGUAUGCUGAGGCCUUUGAGAAGCGUCAUUUACCACCAUAUGUCGAGGAGCUGCUGGUGCUCAUUGGAUUUCCAACAAGGCUUAUUGAGGAGGUUGUCGGCAUGCGUCUCAAGUAUGCUGAAAACAUGAGGGAGCCGGUGUCAAUGAUGACGGACCAGUUGAUCAUGCAAUUCCAAUCUGUCCUCCGGCUUGCUGUGGAGAUUAAGCAGCAAUACAUGGUGAUUUCGGAGCCGGAGCCUGGUUGGGAUCUUCCUCCCUGCAUGGACGAAAACUUCGAGCAAGUAGUGUUACAUGGUCUGAGGUAUUACUUCAGGCUUAUCGGCUGGAGGAUCGGGUCCAACAAGAAUACCUUUAAGGAGGCCGAAAUCCUUGAGACGGAGUGGCAUUUCUCCAAUGAUAUUGGUCGGUAUAUAGAGGGGGGUGAUGUUGAGGUUGCCGAGCAGUUUAGGUACGCCGUGGAGACUGCGUAAGGAUCGCUGCAACUAGCUGACACAAUGUAGUUCCUUAACGAGCAAAUUACUUAGUAGAUUGAUGGGCCAUUUCGAGAAGGAGUUGCAGAAACCUCCGGAGGCUAAAGGAGAGGAUAUCAGCAAGCGGUAUAAACAAAUUUUAGAUUCCGUUCGUGUGCGGCAGCGUAAAUUAUUCCGUUUUGCGAGGUAAAGCCCCCUCGCCCCCUAUUCAAAGCACCCGCUGAUCCUAUUUUCCCCUCCAAGACUUUUGAGCCAGCGUUUUGAGAAUGCGAGCGAGUACAGCGUUGAAAAGUAUAAACUUAAAGGUUUAGUCGAUUCUUUGAUAGAGUCGGGCCACUUCUUGGUAUACACUGCUAGUGUAGAACAUGAGGGAGUAUAUUUGGUGGCGGAUCCAUCUUUGCACGGCCGGCCGCAUGAGAUCCAAUCGAUCCUCCGGACAUGUUUUCACGACGAUGUCGUCCGAGAGGAUCCGUCUUGCCCAUAUGUUCUGGUCAUCUGUCCCCAGGACCAGCUACUCUGGGAUGGGCUCAUUUCGGACAUUGAUAUGAAGGAGCCGAUUGUGGACAUCAAGCCCGGAAGGCUCCGUUUGGUAGCGGACGGUUCCCAAACGAGACUAGCAAACGCUCGGCUUUCAUUUUCUCACUCAACGAAUCACAGCCUUGACAUUCUGAUCGAGCAGAGAGCUAAUCUUCCACGCGUCAACCAGGAGUUGAUGAAGAUCAAGAAGACCACCUACAGACUGUCGAACGCCAUUAUGGAUAGCGUGGAAAAGAUCCGGGGGCAGACCGCAGGGCUGGGUUGCCAGGAGCUUAUCCAGACCUGUUUUGCCUUCGCGACGGAAUUUGGGCAGCGUUCCGUGCUUUACAUGGACAACAACCGAAAGGCGAUGAACAAUCUCAAGCUCACUCGUCUCGCUAUCGACUGGGUCAGCUUCAUAUGUGAUGACUGCGUUGCGUCCAACCGUGUGACCUUUCGAUGGGCUGUAAAAGCGCUAGAAUUUGCUAUGGUCAUGACCCGCGGCCAGAACAUCCUCUCCUUCAGCGAGGUAGAGUACGAGCGAUUAAGGUCCAAAGUCGCUGGCUGCAUGUCACUCUUGAUCUCGCAUUUCGACAUCAUGGGCGCUCGUUCAACGCUCGCGGCGCAAGCUGAGAAGCAAAAGAUGGAGGUGCUUGCUGGCCAAGUUAAGAUGGACAUGGGUAAACUCCUUGAAGAUAGCGAAGCCGCCGACCGCAUACGGGGGGAAUGGCUCCGCCAACUAGCCGACAUCGACAACGCCCGCAAGGGCCUCCUCAGCGAGCGACAAGCCCUCGGCCGAGUAUUAGACGACAGCAACCAGACCGAUCGAUCCCUAACCUCCCUAUCAAGGUCCUCCUUCUCGAACGUCUCCCUGCGCUGGCAACAGGGCCAAUUCGUCGGCGGCGGGACCUUCGGCACGGUGUAUGCGGCAAUGAACCUAGACUCGGGCUACCUAAUGGCGGUCAAAGAAAUCCGCCUCCAGGACCCACAAGUAAUCCCACAAAUUGCAAACGCCAUCCGUGAGGAAAUGCAGGUGUUGGAACUCCUCGACCACCCCAAUAUCGUCCAAUACUUCGGCAUAGAGGUGCAUCGUGACAAGGUCUGCCUCUUCAUGGAGUACUGCUCCGGCGGUUCCCUAGCCGGUCUCCUCGAGCAUGGCCGUAUCGAGGACGAGACCGUCGUUAUGAUCUACACCCUGCAAAUGUUAGAGGGCCUCGCUUACCUGCACGAGUCGGGCAUCGUGCAUCGCGACAUAAAACCGGAAAACAUUCUGCUGGACCACAAUGGCAUAAUCAAAUACGUCGACUUCGGCGCCGCCAAGGUGAUAGCGCGCCAGGGGAAAACACGCCGUGGCGGCGUAGCCACUACCGCACGCACAAACCUGAGCUCGAUGACCGGGACACCCAUGUACAUGUCCCCCGAAGUGAUCAUGGGCUCGGACAAGGGCCGCCAUGGCAGCAUCGAUAUAUGGUCCCUGGGCUGUGUGGUGCUGGAAAUGGCAACCGGACGAAGGCCAUGGGCGAAUCUGGAUAACGAGUGGGCUAUCAUGUGGAAUAUCGCUGCGGGACAUCCACCGCAAUUGCCUGCGCCUGAUCAAUUGAGUGAGAGUGGCAUCGACUUCCUGAAGAAGUGCUUUGAGAGGGAUCCGGGGAUUAGGCCUUCUGCUGCGGAGUUGUUGCAACAUGAGUGGGUAUGUUUUGUCCCUUUACUUUCCUUUCAUUGCUUUCUCGGACGGGGACGGGAGCUAAUGGUGGGGGGCAUAGAUCUUAACAAUCAGAAGCCAGGUCAUCGAACCAUCCAUCUCCGUGAGCGAGACCUCGAGCGGAGUUAGCAGUCGG